ACAAUAAAGAUACCCAGAUGUUGCACAUGUGUCUUAAUUUCAUCUUGUCGGUAUUAUAUACCAUUCUUACACAGUGGUGGAGAUGUUCGGGUGUCACACUCUCAGUUUACAGACCGUACCUUAGUUUUCAUACCUUCCCUCCCUCUCCCUGUCCAUCUUUCAGCUUACUCAAAUUAACAUGUAUUACAAAUAUAAAUGUUGCUUAUACUUGUGAUAUAUCUUGUAGGUAUUGGAGGUGGUGGUGGACGAACCAGAAAGUUAUCCAGCAGUGUGUCUGACUCCUCUGGACCACCCAACAAGGAGGUCAAGUUCAUGAAGACGGUGCACGACCUACAGGUCCGGGACGAGCGUGUUGUCCUGCUCUCUUCGCACAAAAUUCCUUUCUAUAUAUUCUCUGCCUUGCCGUACAACAAGUCAAAACUGGGAGGGCGUAGUGAGCACAGUCGCUUGGAGAGCGGGCGUCGACGACACGCUUCAGGCACCAGGACACUCUCUACCAUCAGUGAUACUGCAGAUCCUUCCCACUUGUUGGGUUUUGAUCGCAAUGAUGAAUACCGGGAGGUGUCAUACAGCGAGCUCCUGGUACCAUCUCGGAGCUUCUUCUGCAAGCCUCGACGUCAACAGUCAGAACACAUAGAACUUAGUGACUCAGCUGACCGCUGCCUGCAUCCUGGGGUUGCUCGAUGCUUUAGUUACGAGCCUGCAACACACAAGGCCACGGCCCACUAUGUGCCACACUCAACACAUGGCCAUGUUGAGAAAGGUGUUGUGUGUGGCAGCACCUCUGCCAUUACCGGGACUUUCACCUUAUUGAGAGCAUUAGAGGCUGGGGAGCACAUGAUUAGAAAGGGUGGUGCUUAUGAUGUGGGUGAGGACUGGCGGUGUGUUCCCAGUGUUUAUACAGCACCAACCAUGCAGUACAUGCCUAACAUGCUAGAUGACCCAGAGCUACGUGCUGGCAAACACCGCAAGUUAUUACGCUUCCCCUCGUACAUG